GCAGCAUGCAUCUUUUAAAAGUAGGAUCUCGCCGCUCAUCUCGUCCGGCACUGCUUGUCUGUCCUUCUUCUCGCGUAUCGCAGAAGAUUCCCGGACGAUAGCAGCGUGCCUAUUCACGAUAAAAGAGAGCGUCGCGGACAAACAAGAGACGCCGAUAUAGGGAAUAGUGGUCUGGGAUUUAUCCCAUCUAUUGGCAAUCAUGCCGUCCUUAUUAAGGUAUAUCGUCAAAAAUGACGCCAUGAAAAAUGAUCCUAAGGAGAUCUAUGGAUGGAGGGUCUAUCUUCUGGCUUGUUCGGCUUGCUUCGGCGCUAUGUCUUUCGGUUGGGAUAGCGGUGUAAUCGGAGGUGUCAUUAAUCUUGACUCGUUUAUCACUGCAUAUGGUUUAGGGAGCAAAGACGACGUAGCGACUGCUAAUCUUCAAGGAAAUAUCGUUUCAGUGUUGCAAGCUGGAUGUUUUGUAGGCGCUCUCGUUGCUUACCCCUUAACGGAUAUCUAUGGUCGCAGGCCUUGCUUGAUGGGCGGUGCUCUAUUCACUCUUGUUGGUGUAGCUAUGCAGGCUUCUGCUUCUGGCCAUCUUGAGCCUAUGUAUAUUGGUCGAUUCAUCUCUGGUCUUGGUGUUGGUUGCUCUAGUGUCGUUAACCCAAUCUAUGUUACCGAAAAUGCGCCUCGAGCCAUCCGUGGUCUACUUACCGGGUUGUAUCAAAUGUUCAUCGUCACUGGUGGUAUGAUAGCAUUCUGGGGUAACUAUGCAGUCAGUAUACACUUAAGCGGUCCUGCGCAGUACAUUGUGCCACUUUCGAUUCAAGGGUUACCCCCUCUACUGCUCUUCUCCCUUAUGGCUAUCUGCAAUGAGUCGCCGCGUUAUCUUGCUCGCAAGGAUCGUUGGGAGGAGGCGAAGGCGGUGCUCACACGGAUCCGACAUCUCGCGCCUGACCAUCCCUACCUACAAGAUGAAUUCCGGGAGAUCGCCGAUCAACUUGAGUACGAGCGAAGUCUGAUUGGUGACGCUGGUUUCUGGACGUUGCAGAGGGAGAUGUGGACGAUCCCCACAAACCGUAAGCGGGCUAUCUUGAGCAUCGUGCUCAUGAUAUGCCAACAGAUGACGGGCACCAACGCCAUCAACACAUAUGCGCCGCAGAUUUUCAAGAAUCUUGGCAUCACGGGAACCUCCAACUCGUUACUCAGUACUGGAGUUUACGGCAUUGUUAAGGUCGUAGCGUGCGCCCUGUUUUUGUUGUUCAUGGCCGACUCCCUUGGCCGCCGCCGCUCGCUACUGGUCUCCUCCGUCGGACAGGCUUUUUGUAUGUUCUAUAUUGGCUUAUAUGUACGCAUCUCGCCGCCUGUCGACGGAGAGCCUGUGCCAGGCGCCGGCUAUUUCGCGCUGGUCUGCAUCUUCGUUUUCGCCGCCUUUUUCCAGUUCGGAUGGGGCCCCGCCUGCUGGAUUCUAGUCUCAGAGAUCCCGGCUGCCCGCUUGCGACCUAUGAACGUCGCACUGGGAGCUGCCACGCAAUGGCUGUUUAACUUUGUGGUGGCUCGCGCUGUGCCUAAUAUGCUGGCUACUGUCGGCGAGCACGGAUACGGUACCUACCUAAUCUUCGGUAGUUUCUGCGUGUGCAUGUUCUUCUUCGUCUGGUUUUUCAUCCCUGAAACUAAGGGUGUUUCGCUCGAGCACAUGGAUCAGCUUUUUGGGGUUUCCGAAGAAGAAAGGCUAGAUGUAACCGAGGGUACGAAGCGAGAUAUGUCCAAGGUCGAAGCUGAGGAGCAUUCCAACCGGUCGGACAACAAAAGCGUAUAGAGG